AAAAAGAAGAAGAAGAAAAAAAAAAGGGAGAAAAGACAGAGAGAAGAGGCGCACGGCCACGAGCCUGCGCAUCUCAUCUUCUUCUCUGCUCGCAUCGCAAAAGAAAGAAGAAAAAAAAAAGGGGGAGCGAGAGGAAGAAGAGAGAAUCCAAUUUCCGAUUUUUAUAUUUUGGCUGUCCCAUCUUCCUCUUCGCUCCUCGCCUCGCCCUUCAUCCAUCGCCGCUUCUUCCCCUCCUCCCAAACCCUAACCCUAAACCCCUCCCCCUCCUGCCUCAGCGGCCGCCCGCGCGGCCUCGCUCCCUUGUCUGGCGGACUCGAUUCGACCCCGGCCCCCACCUCCUCCCUCCUCAUGGCCGCCACCAGGUGAGGCAGCAAGCGUAGAUGGCAUUGGGAGAUCUCAUGGCGUCCAGGCUCGUCCACUCCUCCUCCACCUCCGUGCCCCUGCCCAAUCACCACACCAACCACCUCGACGGCCAGCUUCCCGUCCUCGACAAUGGCCCGGACCCGCCGCCCAGGAACGACGACCCGCCGGCGCCCGUGGCCCUCCUGCCCCAGGUCGUCGUGCUGUGCGAGCAGCGACAUGAUGGGUUCGGCGAGGCCGCCGCCGCCACCGCCGCUGCGGCCGGCCCGUCCACCAGCGGGCUCGUCUCCAAAUGGCGGCCCAAAGACCGGAUGAAAACUGGUUGUGUGGCUCUUGUGUUGUGUUUAAACAUUAGCGUUGAUCCACCUGAUGUUAUCAAGAUUUCCCCUUGUGCAAGGAAGGAGUGCUGGAUAGAUCCAUUUUCUAUGGCACCUCCAAAAGCCCUUGAAACUAUUGGGAAAACAUUACACUCACAAUAUGAGCGAUGGCAGCCAAAGGCUCGUUACAAGAUUCAGCUGGAUCCAACAGUUGAGGAAGUUAAGAAGCUUUGUAAUACUUGCCGCAAAUUUGCUAGAACAGAAAGAGUUCUUUUUCAUUACAAUGGUCAUGGUGUACCAAAGCCUACAGCUAAUGGGGAGAUUUGGGUAUUUAACAAGAGUUACACACAGUAUAUUCCGCUUCCCAUUACCGAUCUCGAUUCAUGGCUGAAAACACCUUCUAUAUAUGUUUUUGACUGCUCAGCAGCUGGAAUGAUCGUGAAAGCUUUUCUGGAGCGUCUAGACUGGAGUUCUAGCUCUUCUUCAUCUUCAUUGAAGGAUUGCAUUCUCCUUGCUGCCUGUGAGGCACAUCAAACUCUCCCACAGAGUGCGGAAUUUCCUGCUGAUGUGUUCACAGCUUGCCUCACCACGCCCAUCAAAAUGGCGCUGCACUGGUUUUGUAAGCGAUCGCUACUCCGUGAUUCUAUGGAACACAAUCUUAUUGACCAAAUUCCUGGAAGGCAAAAUGACCGUAAAACUCUUCUAGGGGAGUUGAACUGGAUUUUCACUGCUAUCACAGACACUAUCGCAUGGAAUGUUCUUCCUCAAGAUCUAUUCCAAAGACUUUUCAGGCAGGAUCUUUUGGUUGCUAGUCUCUUUCGCAACUUCUUACUUGCUGAGAGAAUCAUGCGGUCUGCAAAUUGUUCCCCAAUUUCAUACCCUUUGUUGCCACCAACUCAUCAGCACCAUAUGUGGGAUGCAUGGGAUAUGGCUGCAGAGAUCUGCCUUUCUAAGCUUCCUCAAUUGAUUGCUGAUCCCAGUGAAGAGUUUCAGCCGAGUCCAUUUUUCACGGAGCAGUUGACAGCAUUUGAAGUGUGGCUUGAUCAUGGCUCUGAAGACAAGAAACCCCCUGAACAAUUGCCUAUUGUUCUUCAGGUUUUGCUUAGUCAGUCUCACAGAUUUAGAGCACUUGUUCUGCUUGGAAGAUUUCUUGACAUGGGACCUUGGGCAGUUGAUUUGGCUUUGUCCGUCGGUAUCUUCCCUUAUGUACUGAAACUGCUUCAGACAAGUGCAAUGGAGUUGCGCCAAAUUCUUGUGUUCAUAUGGACAAAAAUUCUCUCUCUCGAUAAGUCGUGCCAGGUUGACUUGGUGAAAGAUGGAGGGCAUGGAUACUUUAUCAGGUUUCUUGACAGUUUGGAUGCUUACCCAGAGCAGCGUGCAAUGGCUGCUUUUGUUUUAGCAGUUAUUGUGGAUGGGCAUAGGGUUGGGCAAGAGGCUUGUGUUAAUGCAGGGCUUAUAGAUGUUUGCCUGAGACAUCUGCAACCUGAAAAUCCGAAUGAUGCACAGACAGAGCCUUUGCUUUUGCAAUGGCUUUGUCUAUGCCUUGGCAAACUUUGGGAAGAUUAUCCUGAGGCUCAGUUACUUGGUCUGCAAUCAAAUGCACCAGAAAUUGUUAUAUGCUUAUUGUCAGAGCCUCAACCCGAAGUUAGAGCUUCUGCUGUUUUUGCACUUGGAAAUCUUGUGGAUAUUGGAUCUCCAUCACUGAAUGGAGCUGAUGACGAUUCUGAUGAUGAUGAAAAGGUGAGAGCUGAAAUAAAUGUUGUCCGAAGCCUUCUACAGAUCUCUUCAGAUGGUAGCCCUCUUGUUAGAUCCGAGGUUGCUGUAGCGCUUACUCGCUUUGCAAUGGGGCACAACAAACAUAUCAAAUCUGUUGCUGCUGAGUACUGGAAGCCUCAAACCAAUUCACUCCUGAAGUCAUUACCAUCAUUGGCUAAUAUUAAUUCAAGCAAUGUUUACAGUCCCAGCAGCUUUAUACAAGGUAGCAGUGGUCUUGCCUCACAUAUUGGUCCCGUUUUAAGGAUUGGCAGUGAUAACAGUGCCACUGGUCGUGAUGGAAGAAUCUCUACGAGCAGCCCGAUUGCGACGAAUAGCAUCAUGCAUGGUUCUCCACAGUCAGAUGAUUCUUCCCAACACUCUGACUCAGGCAUAUUACUGAGAGAAAAUGCAAGUAAUGGUGGUCUCAGCUACACAAGGUCAAGGCCUGUUGAUAAUGGGAUAUAUUCCCAAUUUAUAGCAACUAUGUGCAAUGUUGCUAAAGAUCCUUAUCCAAGAAUUGCAAGUAUUGGACGAAGGGCACUGUCCCUCAUAGGUGUUGAGCAAGUGGUCAUGAGAAAUAGUAGACUUAGCUCUGGAGGUGCACACUUAGGCGAGACAUCUGCAGCUGCGCCUGCUCCAUCAAACUUUGGAAUGGCACGCUCCUCUUCCUGGUUUGACAUGAACUCUGGAAAUUUCUCGAUGGCCUUUAGGACUCCUCCUGUUAGUCCCCCACAGCACGAGUACUUCACAGGAUUGCGCCGAGUGUGCUCGAUGGAGUUCAGACCACAUCUUUUGAACUCACCUGAUGGCUUAGCUGAUCCGAUUUUAAGCUCCACUGCAGCACCCAGUAAUAUGGGGCUUGAUAUACUACCACAAUCAACAAUUUACAAAUGGAGUUGUGGUCACUUUUCGAGGCCACUUCUAACUGGUUCUGAUGAUAACGAGGAAGCAAAUGCUAGAAGAGAGGAGCGAGAACGAAUUGCAAUGGAUUGCAUUGCUAAAUGCCAAAGAUCCUCUUGCAAGAUGACCAGCCAAAUUGCUAGUUGGGAUACGAGGUUUGAGUUGGGUACAAAAGCAUCAUUAUUGUUGCCAUUUUCUCCUAUUGUUGUUGCUGCUGAUGAAAAUGAGCAAAUAAGAGUAUGGAACUAUGACGAUGCACUGCCAGUGAAUACUUUUGAAAACCACAAGUUAUCUGACAGAGGCCUAUCUAAACUUUUGCUGAUCAAUGAACUUGAUAAUAGCUUGCUGUUAGUUGGUUCAAGUGAUGGAAAUGUCCGCAUAUGGAGAAACUAUACUCAAAAGGGUGGGCAAAAACUUGUAACUGCUUUUUCGUCAGUUCAAGGCUCUCGAAGUGCUGGUCGCAGUAUUGUAUUUGAUUGGCAGCAGCAGUCAGGCUAUCUGUAUGCAUCUGGUGACAUGUCUUCUAUCCUUGUAUGGGAUCUUGACAAGGAACAACUUGUCAACACCAUUCAGUCAACCUGUGAUAGCGGCAUUUCAGCUCUUUCUGCAUCUCAGGUUCAAUGUGGUCAAUUCGCAGCUGGUCUUUUUGAUGCAUCAGUCAGGAUAUUUGACGUGAGAACACCUGAUAGGCUAGUAUAUACAGCAAGACCACAUGCUCCAAGAUCAGAAAAAGUUGUUGGUAUAGGAUUUCAACCUGGAUUUGAUCCAUACAAGAUUGUAAGUGCGUCUCAAGCCGGAGACAUUCAGUUCCUUGAUGUUAGAAGGGCAUCUGAACCCUACCUCACCAUUGAAGCUCACAGAGGCUCACUAACAGCACUAGCUGUUCAUAGGCAUGCCCCAGUUAUUGCAAGCGGCUCAGCCAAGCAGAUGAUAAAAGUGUUUAGUCUUGAAGGAGAACAACUGACAAUAAUUCGCUACCAGCCAUCUUUUAUGGGUCAGCGAAUAGGUAGUGUCAACUGCCUUUCUUUCCACCCAUACAAAUCACUCCUUGCUGCCGGUGCUGGCGAUAAUGCUCUUGUCUCUAUCUACGCCGAGGACAAUUACCAAGUGAGAUGAGAUUUAUAUGUUGUUCCAUGCAAUGAUGAUGUGUUCAAUAGGCCUCAUGUUUGACCAAGCAAUGAAUCCACACCAUGGUCCAGCUAAAAGGUACAAGAUGAUAUGAAGCCUGGUCAGUGACAUGGUGGUGGUGGUGGUGUUAUAGAAGUGCCGCAGCUUCUGGUGCGCAUUGCUUCUUGGGCAUCCACAUCUCUGGUCUGACCUGCUAUUUGUAAGAUACAAAACAAGAUUCGUUAGCCUCCCUUGCAGAAGGUUGUGAGUGACAUCUUGUCCUGGCCCCAUCAUUCCACUCGGAGGCUUCCCAAAUAAUCAUAACCAAGUUAACCAAAGUGUAAAUAGCCAUCCUAUUUGGAUUGUUGUUCUCCUUAGUCAGCUUCCUUUCCCAAGUGUAAAAAGGUUUGGAAGUGCUUCCAUAUGAUAAAAUCAGGUUAGUGGGGAUUGCCUGGGCGAGCGGUUGUUUAUAUGGGCCUAGGGAGAAUGCAUGCACAUGUUUUCUCGUAGAUGUUGUUCAAUAGAUAGAUGCAUUUGUCCAGCUAACACAGUAUUAGAUGGCUUGAUGAAUCAAUGCCCUCUUCAAAACUUGCAUUGUAAGAAUUGGACAGUCGUCCAGUGCAGUCAAGGUAGGGCCUCAUUAUCCUCUUGUAUAUAUAUGAAUUGCAGUUGUACAGUUGAUAGCCUUGUUUCUUAGAUGCAAUGCGUUCGAAGAUGUUGAGGU